AAUAAAUAGUGCUUCUCGUUCAGGUGAGAAGUAAGCACUUUUUCUAUAAAAAAAAAAAAAAAAAUAAUUUUUUUUUCUAUUAAUUUUUUCUAUUAAUUUUAUGACAUUGAUUUAAAUGUUAUUAUUUUAAAAAUUUUAAUAUUAACGCGAAAAAUGGCUGAUAAAGAAAGAUAUUUGCAAAUAAUUUUAAUUUUAAAUCUAUUGUUACAAUUUUGUUCCUCGACAAAUGACAACGAUAAAUACACAUUGGAAUCUGUGCACGUUAUAUUUAGACAUGGCGAUCGGACACCAAGCAAAUUAGAAAUAUAUCCUAAAGCACCUCAUAAUUCUAUUUACGAGUCACUUGGUUAUGGCCAAUUAACCGAUAAAGGGAAAAUAAGAGAGUUUCAGCUUGGUGCGUUGUUAAGAGCAAAGUAUAGUAAAUUUUUAGGUGGUCACCAUACGUUUGGCAGUGUGUAUGCCUAUAGUUCGGAUGUCGAUCGAACAAAAAUGUCGUUGCAACUGGUUCUGGCCGGUAUAUAUCCACCUAUGAUUGACGAAGAAGGACACAUCCGUUUGUCACCUAUACCCGCUUAUUAUAUGCCAAAUAUCGUGGACAACAUAAUGUUUUCGUCGUUAUGUCCGAAGUACAUAAAAGAAUAUUUCAGAGUAUCCAAUUUGCCCAUAAUUCGUAAAGAAAUAUUAAAAAACAAAGAUCUUUUAAAUUAUCUUAAAGAACACACUGGUUUAGAUAUGAUAAUCAAUCCACUUCUUCAAAUAUAUAAAUUGUACCAUUUUUUGAUGUCACAGAUAAGCAUGAACAUCGCCCUUCCGGAAUGGGCAACCGAGAACGUUCGAAAUAGAAUAGAAAAACUCGUGGCAUUAGAAUACAAUAUUUUAUCUUACAAUACGUUAAUGAAACGAUUGAAUGGAGGUUUUAUUAUAAAAGAAUUUUUAAAAAAUCUAAAUAAACAGAAUGAAAAUGCACCCAAGAUUUAUGUAUACAGUGGACAUGAAUUAAAUAUUGCAGCUUUUGCCAAAGCACAUAAUUUAAUCGAACCAAAACUGCCUGCCUUUGGGUCUGCAAUUAUAGUCGAAAAAUUGCGAAAUCAAUGUGGUGUGGCUUAUAUUCAAAUGCAUUUGUGGACUGGAGUUACGGAACAAUUAAUUACUUAUAAAAUUCCCAAAUGUGAAAAAAUAUGUCCUUAUAACAAAUACUUAAAGCUUAUCGAACACGUUAUUCCUUUUGAUGAAGAAAUAAAUUGUUUAUGGAAUAAUGUAUCGAUAAAUACUUUACAAACAUAUUACGAUGGUGAUAAAAUGCCUAUAUACAAUAUUUUGUCGUUAUAAUCUUACAGUUUGAGACCAAUCGCGAUCAUAUAUCCACAAGGGAUAUGAAACUCGAGUUUCGUCUCAUUUUUGUUAAUAGAAAAAUCUUUUUUUGAUAAUGAGCGAAAAAUACCAAAUAUUUGAAAAAA